AUGAGUUCAUCACUGCUGCCGCCUGCUUCGCCCCAGAAGCUUAGCCCGGGCCUUGAGCACAGCACCAUUCAGAUACAGAGGCAGGAGCUCCAGCUUCUCAUUGCAGAACUGAAGGAUCGCAAUAGGGAGCUCAACGAUGUGGUGGCUGUGCAUCGGAGACAGCUUCUGGCCUGGGAGGAUGAUCGUCAGAAAAUACUGACUUUAACGGAUCAGUGCAACUUACUGACCGAUGAGCUGAACAAGAGAAACGAAAUUAUAAAGUCACUGACCAAAAGGUUGACAUUCUUAGAAUCUCAGCAGAAGGACAAGAAGACAACGUUUGAAAAUACACAACAGACGUUUAAAGAGCUGUCUCAAAAAGUAACAGAUGCAACCGCUCACUGUCAGGCUCUGGAGGAGAAAAACCAGAGUCUCCACUGCUCAGUUUUGGAACUGUCUGCUAAAACAGGCCAGCUGCAAGGGAGGGAGCAGGAGCUUCUUACUCUGCUUAAGCUGAAGGAUGAGGUUAUACUUGAAACAACUGAUCACAUUACUGAGUUUACAUCUAAAUUUAAAAUGCUGGAAGGUGCAUUGCGUGCAGCAAAGACGGAGGAAUUCAGUCUCAACAAAGAAAGGCAAGACCUCAAACUGAGACUGAAAGAACUAACCCUUGAAAGAAAGAAGCUGAAAGAUGACCUCUGUGUAAAGAUGAAAGAAAAUAAUAAACAGCAGGAAGAAAUCAUGCACCUCCAACAAGAAAAGAGCUGCUUGAAGAAUGAGCUCGCACUUCUGGUUGAGAAAGCCAAGAGGAAGGACCAACUUCUGCAGCUUGCCAAGUCCAAACAAGCGCGGACUGACACAGAACUGUCAAGUUUGCGACAGAUCUACAUGAAACAGCAGCGUGACUUGCAAUUUCUUCAUGUCCAUUUGCAGAGCUCUCAGGAAUUAAGGCAAAAGCAUGAUAAGGCGGCACAUGAAAGGAGCCUAGGUUUGACAUCCUCUGCCCCUGAACGUAACAGCGAGACAGACGCGGUUAGGACUGAGGGUACCCAUGGGAUAUGCGAGUGUGGCACUGGAGAAGUUUCAAAAAGCAGGGUAAAACCCACCUCCGAGGCGAGUGAAGUAGGUAAUGGACUGUUACUGAAUGCGUCAGACUUGGAGGAAACUACCUCAGCGUGCUUAAACUGGUGUCAGAAAGUUGUGAAAGAUUUGGCUGUCUUUACGGAAGAAGAAAGGCAGGAUGUUGCCUCAAGCCCUGAUGAGCUAGGCAGCAAAGUAUUUUAUGAGGCAAACAACACAAGGCCAUUGAGAAACAGGGACGUUUCUUCUGAAAACGGAGCGGGAAGCAGAGACCAACAAACCUUUGAGUCAGCUUUACCUGAAUCCGAGCGCUGGUGUAACGUCAGUUCUCGCGUAGAUUCGCAAAGCCCUUUGAUCCAGGUCCCCACCACUGACAGAACUGAGACUGAACAUAAAACCUGGGAAGAGAGAACUGGAACUCUGUAUGGCCAAAAAAGCGGAGAGACUCCUGCUGCAGUUCAUGAGUGUGAAUCUGAUUCCUGUAGUGGUAACUUUGUUGUAAAAAAAGAUACACAGUGGAAGCCAGUAUCGGAUCCGGAAUGGGUGAAGAUUUUCAAACCCCUAAAAGGAGAUGGAAGUACAUGGCAUGGCAAAGCGUGCAGCUGUCUCUAGACUGCACAAGAGAUAAGUGGGCCAGCUCAGGAAGGCGAAGAAAAUGUGGAUCUGAAUUCUUUUCACCUGGAUUCUCCCUGUUUGGCAUCCACCCAGAAAGGAGACAAGCCUCAAAGAUGUGAGAAAUUCUCUGAUGAAGACUUCCCCCUGGAGAUCAACAACCUUUCAGUGACUCAGCCAACAAAUAGAAGCUGCAGCUCUACCCUGGACCGAGACACCAGUUCCCCCCUAAGUAAGCUGCAGCAUGCGUUGGCCGAGUCUCGACAGAUGGUUGCUGAUCUGGAGCUUAGCGCUCUCCUCCACGCCAGCCCUCGCUGCAGCCCAACCAGCAGCACCGUGAAGACGACAACAGACCUUGCAGAAGCUCUUCACAGAACCCAGCUCUCUGCGGCAGAAGGAAGAGAUGCUGAGCUCCCGUUCUUCUCUCUGUGA